AUGGGCAAAGACACCAAAGAGGCCAAAGACGGUAAAGACAAGAAGGAAAAGAAGGAAAAGUCGAUGAAGGCCCGAGAGGGACGAGACAACCAGGUGUACUCAGCCUCGGGGUCGCGGGUCGUGGCUGGCUGUGUCUGUGUCAAUAAUGACUCAUCUCAGGUGCUCAUGAUUUCGUCGGCGGCCCACCCCAACAGAUGGAUUCUUCCCAAGGGAGGCGUGGAGAAGGACGAAUUGAGCGUGGAGGGCGAUUUCAGUGAGUCUGCCGUGCGAGAAACGUGGGAAGAGGCCGGAGUCACGGGCAAGAUCUCAAAAUACCUCGGCAAGUACGACGACAUGCGAAAACCCAUCGAGUACAAGGACAGCCUGAUUCCCAAGACGGAGUUCCACUUUUACGAAAUGGAGGUCGAGAACCUGGCAGAUGUGUGGCCCGAAAACCGAAAGCGAAAGUGGGCAGGGUUUGAAGAGGCCAAGGCUGAUCUGACCAAGGCCAAACGUCUGGAGCUCAUCGAAGCUUUGAAGGACAGUUCCCUGAAGAGAUAG